ACCUCAACGAUACGUCGCGUGUGUUGAGGACCGAUCUUGGCGCUUCCACAAUCCACGACCACGGAUAGCUCCAUUGCUCACGGAGAAGGUGUGUUAAGCGUGGUAUCCACGACCGCAGAUAAACGAGAAUAACUCGCGAGGAUGGCGGCGAUCAGUUUGUUGAAUCCGAAGGCCGAGUUCGCCCGGGCGGCGCAAGCUCUGGCGGUGAACAUCUCCGCCGCGAAGGGCAUUCAGGAUGUGAUGAGGACCAACUUGGGGCCCAAGGGAACCAUGAAGAUGUUGGUUUCCGGAGCCGGAGACAUAAAGAUCACCAAGGACGGCAAUGUGCUCCUUCACGAAAUGCAGAUCCAACAUCCUACGGCGUCCCUGAUAGCAAGAGCGUCCACCGCCCAGGACGACAUGACCGGCGACGGCACAACCAGCACCGUGCUGGUCAUCGGUGAACUCCUGAAGCAGGCCGAUUUGUAUAUAGCGGAGGGGCUACAUCCCAGAAUGCUCACGGACGGUUUCGACCUGGCGCGCGCCAAGGCGUUGGAGAUCCUGGACUCGAUGAAAAUCCCAAUCGAGCCCACCAAGCAGAGCCUGCUGGACAUUGCGAGGACGUCGCUCAGAACCAAGGUUCACCACACCGUCGCCGACAAGUUAACCGAGAUCUGCGUGGACGCCGUGCUGGCUAUUAGGCAGCAGGACAAGGAGAUCGAUUUGCACAUGGUCGAAUUGAUGGAGAUGCAGCAUAGAACGGCGGGCGAUACCGCGCUGAUUCGCGGCAUAGUCACCGAUCAUGGAGCCAGACAUCCAGAUAUGCCGAAGAGGUUAGAAAACGCAUACAUUCUGACCUGUAACGUGAGCCUGGAAUAUGAGAAGAGUGAGGUGAACAGUGGGUUCUUUUACAAGUCAGCCGAAGAGCGCGAAAAGUUAGUGGCCGCCGAGCGCGUGUUCAUCGAUAAUCGCGUAAAGAAGAUUAUCGAUUUGAAGAAGAAGCUGUGCGACGGCACGGAUAAGUCGUUCGUCGUGAUAAAUCAAAAAGGCAUCGACCCGUCGUCCCUCGAUAUGCUCGCGAAGGAGAAUAUUAUCGCCUUACGCAGAGCCAAGCGCAGAAAUAUGGAGCGUCUAGCGCUCGCGUGCGGUGGCGUAGCUAUGAACUCUGUGGAUGAUCUGAAGGAGGAGCAUCUGGGAUGGGCCGGUCUUGUGUAUGAACACGUUCUGGGAGAAACCAAGUACACCUUUAUAGAAGAUUGCAAAAAGCCCAAUUCUGUGACUAUCUUAUUGAAGGGACCCAAUAAGUUUACGUUGGAACAACUCAAAGACGCCGUGCGCGACGGACUUAGGGCGAUAAAGAAUGCUCUCGACGAUCGUGCGGUCGUUCCUGGAGCCGGAGCCUUUGAGGUUGCAGCUAGCCAAGCCCUUCAACGAUACAAGGAGCAAGUGAAAGGAAAGCAACGUUUGGGAGUACAGGCCUACGCCGAGGCUUUACUUGUCGUUCCGAAGAUUCUCGCUGUUAAUAGUGGAUUUGAUCCGCAAGACACAAUCGUUAAGUUAUUUGAGGAAAGCACCGCUCUAGGAGAACCAGUAGGACUGGAUCUGUCUACAGGGGAAGCUUUAAAACCCGCGGACGCUGGCAUUUAUGACAAUUACAACGUAAAGAAACAAAUCAUCCAUUCGUGCACGAUAAUCGCCAGUAAUCUCCUUCUGGUUGACGAAAUAAUGAGAGCGGGAUUAUCUUCACUAAAGGGUUAAAUUACAAUGUAACUAUUAUGGAAGUAAAAGUUUAAGGACCAUUAAUAAUUUUUCUACGAAAUAAUACAAAUUAUUGGAUUAUCAUUCAUUUUGCAUUUUAUCUGUUAACAUGUCGCUUGAUCUCUGCUAACGUAAAUAUUUAAUAACACGAUAAUGAAUUUUCACACUGAUCUUAAUAAAAUAAUGCUUUCGUAAAAAGUAUUUUAUUUACUUACGAAAUUUCAUAAUGUCGCGAAAAAGAAACUGAAAAAUGUACAAAAUAUCAUUGAAAGUUUCGAGAAAAAAUUAUAGAUGUAUAAAUAAUGUGAACGCCUCAUGUCAUAUUUUCAAGAAAGGAGAAAAUAUUAAAGGAAAUUAUAACAAAUA